CCUGGCCGAGGCGCGAGGCCCUCCUCCUGUCUCUCCGCCUACUCCAACCUCCGCCGCCUCAGCAUCCCGAGCGAGCCUUGCGGCCGCCGGAACAGCUCCCGCGGCGGAGCAGGAGCCGGAUGGUCAGAGGAGCCCGGCAGUCCCAGCAGCCGCGGAGUCGCCUGGCCCCCAGUUACAGGUCUCAUUUGUUUGGUCUGUAGACUGACUGGCACAGUGGAGAAACCACCUCGAAAAAGGAAAAGCAGGACUGAAUUUACUCUUAAAGAAACCAUGUCCUCUGGAGGUGCUGAAGAUGACAUCCCACAGGGAGAGCGGAAGACAGUUACAGAUUUCUGUUAUCUUUUGGAUAAAUCCAAACAGCUGUUCAAUGGGUUAAGAGAUUUGCCGCAGUAUGGACAGAAGCAGUGGCAGUCCUACUUUGGAAGAACUUUUGAUGUUUACACAAAACUCUGGAAAUUCCAGCAACAGCAUCGACAAGUCUUGGAUAAUCGGUAUGGCUUGAAGCGGUGGCAAAUAGGGGAAAUUGCUUCCAAGAUUGGGCAGCUGUAUUACCACUAUUAUUUACGAACAUCUGAGACCAGCUAUCUGAAUGAGGCUUUCUCUUUCUACUCUGCGAUCAGACAGAGAUCAUACUACUCUCAAGUUAAUAAAGAGGACAGGCCUGAGUUGGUUGUUAAGAAACUCCGAUACUAUGCAAGAUUUAUAGUAGUUUGUCUUCUUCUUAACAAAAUGGAUGUUGUGAAAGAUCUGGUAAAGGAAUUGUCUGAUGAAAUUGAAGAUUAUACUCAUCGCUUUAAUACUGAAGAUCAAGUAGAGUGGAACCUGGUGCUUCAAGAGGUGGCAGCAUUUAUUGAGGCGGACCCUGUGAUGGUGUUAAAUGAUGAUAACACCAUUGUUAUCACAUCCAAUCGCCUCGCUGAAACAGGAGCUCCAUUGCUGGAGCAAGGCAUGAUUGUGGGACAGUUGUCUCUAGCUGAUGCACUCAUUAUUGGUAAUUGUAAUAAUCAGGUUAAAUUCAGUGAAUUAACUGUUGACAUGUUCCGGAUGUUGCAAGCUUUGGAGAGGGAGCCAAUGAAUUUAGCAUCCCAGAUGAAUAAACCAGGAAUACAGGAAUCAGCUGACAAGCCCACCAGACGAGAAAACCCCCACAAGUAUCUGCUCUACAAACCAACCUUCAGCCAGCUGUAUACUUUCUUAGCAGCAUCUUUUAAGGAGCUGCCUGCCAAUAGUGUGCUUCUGAUUUACCUGUCAGCCACUGGCGUUUUCCCCACAGGUCGUUCUGAUGGUGAAGGUCCUUACGACUUUGGAGGUGUACUUACUAAUAGUAACCGGGAUAUUAUAAAUGGAGAUGCAAUCCACAAACGAAAUCAGUCCCACAAGGAAAUGCACUGCCUUCAUCCUGGAGAUCUCUAUCCAUUCACAAGGAAACCCCUGUUUAUCAUCGUGGACUCCUCCAACAGUGUUGCCUACAAGAAUUUCACAAACUUAUUUGGACAGCCACUCGUCUGCUUGCUUUCUCCCACGGCAUAUCCAAAAGCUUUGCAAGAUCAGUCUCAGCGAGGUAGCCUCUUCACUCUCUUUUUGAACAAUCCUCUAAUGGCCUUCCUAUUUGUGUCUGGAUUGUCAAGCAUGCGUAGAGGCCUGUGGGAAAAGUGUCAAGAAUAUCUUCGAAAAAUCAACCGUGAUAUUGCCCAGCUACUGACCCAUUCACGUUCCAUAGAUCAGGCCUUUCUCCAGUUUUUUGGAGAUGAGUUUCUUCGAUUGCUUCUCACAAGGUUUGUCUUCUGUUCAGCCACCAUGAGGAUGCACAAGGCCUUUCGGGAAACUCGAAAUUACCCAGAAUCCUAUCCACAACUGCCAAGGGAUGAAACUGUGGAGAAUCCUCACCUUCAGAAGCAUAUUUUAGAAUUGGCCUCCAUUCUGGAUGUUCGGAACAUCUUCUUUGAGAAUUCUAUGGACGACUAUUAAAACCCUCAUGUUUAACAGUUUUCAUCUUCCACAGGUUUUAAACGGUGCAGUUUUUGUGUAAUGACAGAGACCGUUACUCAGUUUUUUGUUUUUGUUUUGUUUGUUUUUUUGUGUGAAUUUAGGAACCACCAUUUUAAAGGCAAACUGAAAAAAAGUUCAAAGUUUUAGGAUAACUUUUAAAAUAUAAUCUUUCAAGUCUUUUAAAGUCUCAAUCUUGAAAUUUUUAUUUUUUUGGUUUUGAAAUUAGAUACUUACCUCCAACAUCCAAUCCUACAUUCAGAUAGGUACUAUUGCCUCCCUAAGAAGAAUAAAUUGUUUAUUUUUACAUAAUGAGAAUAAUCCAGAAGUUAUACUUGGACCUUUAAAUGUCUGGAUUUAGGAAAUAAUCUAACUGUUCAUAGUGGUGAAACUGGCCACAUGGACUACUGAAAAUCAAGAGCAGAGCCCUUCUGUAGAGUUUCUUCUCACUCCACGAUAAUAGGUAGGAAAAUAAUGUACAAAGGAAUUUCUUGAGAUCACUGAAUUUCAUUAAAUGUUUUCAAACUUUUAGAAUCUGUUUAGGAUUGAUUUACAUCUGGAAAAUAAAUCUUCAAUUGGAAUUUUGAGGUUACAGAGCUUACUUAGAAUGUGAAUAUAUUAUCAUGAGAUUUUUUGUAUAUUUUAUUUUCUUUGUAGUCUUGAAUGCUGGAAAUAUAAAGAAAAAUACUUUUAAAUAUUUCAGCCAAAAAUCAAGUCGUUGGUUUCAUAACCCUGGACUGUCUCCAGUAGGAUUUCUACAUAGACUAUUCAUUGACAGUAUCAGGCUUUAAAUUGUAUCUUAAUGGAUCCAUUGGUAUACUCACUGCACAGUUUCUAAUUCUUUUUCAUAUUCGAGUUUCCAAGGCAUCAAUGUCAGAGAUACUGUCAAUGUGAGUUGAGGAUAACUGGGUUACUGGAAAGUAAAUUGUGAGUUGGUUUUACAUUUGACAAUUUGGAAGUAAGAUAUUAAAACUCCCUAUGUUUUGUUAUUUUGUAUUCAUGCACAAGUUUUUAUUAUUAUUUUAAAUAGGACUCAGUAAUAUAAAGGUUUUUGUGUGUUCUUCUCCAUCUCCUUCAUAAUCUCAAAGGUACUAGCUGUGAAGGUUCCUCCCAUCAUGGCUCCUUUGGACUGCAUGGCAUUUAAGGUCAGAAAUGCGUGACUCACAGGCCUUCUGCCUGUUUUCUGUAUAGGCUCAUUGUCUAACUCUGGUGGUUCCUAGAGAAAUGGGGUGUCUAUUUCCAGUACCUCUUUCCUAAGGAAUUUUUUUUUUUUUCUCGAGGCAGGGUUUCUCUGUGUAGCUUUGGAGCCUGUCCUGGAACUCACUCUGUAGUCCAGGUUGGCCUCGAACUCAAAGAGAUCCGCCUGCCUCUGCCUCCUGAGUGCUGGGAUUAAAGGUGUGCACCACCACCGUUCAGCCCUCGUAAGGAAAUCUUGAUGUGUUGUUUUAACCUGGUUACCUUUUCUCACCUAGAGCAACACUUGAGGCUAAGUUGUAGCCCUAUCUGCUCCAGUGCACUAACUUCAUGAAGUCUAGGUUAUGGUUGGGUCAGGACUUAGGAUGUUUCAUUUGCUUUUAAAAUUGUUUGUUUGUUCUUUCAUUCCAUAUUGCUUAAAGGUUGGGAAAAAGUUACUCUGGAAAGAGCCUUUCCAGGUGGUGGUUUUUCAUUUUUAAAAAGCCUACUUCCCACCAGGUAGUGGCACACACCAUUAAUCCCAGCACUGGGAAAGCAGAGGCAGGCAGAUCUCUGUGAGUUUAAGGCCAGUCUGGUCUACAGAGCAAGUUCCAGGACAGCCAGGGCUACAAUACAGAGAAACUCUGUCUCAAUAAAAAAUAAACAAACAAGAAAUAGCCUAUUUCUCUUUGUUUGCAAAACCAUAACAUAUCAUGGUUUUCCUUUCCCAACUCUUCUCCUAGACUGUAGCAAUAGAUGAUGAUUAGCUGUCUGGCCUCUUGUCCAGUUCCCUUAUGUGCUGUGUGUACAGCACACAUUUUACUGUUCCCUGACAUUUAAAGUGGCUCUGUCCUGUGUUUAAUCCCUUUUUGCUAAGCAUAAGAACCACUGGUUUCAAAUCCAAGAAAUCUGAUUUCUGAUCCUGGCUUCUCUAGUAACUAGCAUGAUGCCCUUGACGAGUAGCUUCAUGUGUCUGCUUCUUAGUACUCCUCUGUAUAAAACAGAGUGACUCACCCAAGAUCCUAUUCCUGUCUGUCAUUCUACAGUUCGGAGCCUUCGUUCCAAAAAUGUUGAUUUCCUCCCUGUUGCUUCCAGAAAAGUUGAUUUGUAUGUUUUUAGCACUAUAACAUCCUUUUCAUAUCAUGUUUAAUAAGAUUGUUUUUUUUUUUUAAAAAAAAAAAAAAAUCCUACAUCCUACUUAGUUGUUUUGAGACUUGUUUAGAGAAACUGUCCUGGGCAUAUUAGACCUUCCGUGAUCAGAAAUAUAUGUGUCUUAGAGAUCAUAAAGUAAAUCUAGAUUAUAACACAGGCCUUUAAACUAAUAGUAAUGCAAUUCCUAACUGGUGGUUAAAGAUCUAAAGUGGACCAAAACUGAAGCUGUAGCUCAAUGGUAGAUCAUUAAGCUAACAUUCAGAAAUCCAAUGUUUGGUCUCCAUCACUAGGGGGAAAAAAAUUCAAAAAGAAAGAAAAAAAUAGAAGCAAUUUUGAGAUGGGUAUGGUGAUGUGUGCCUAUAGUCUUAGUACAUAGGAGGCUAAAUCAGGAGGAUUGCAAAGUCAGGGCUAAUCUAGACUGUAUAGCAAAAGCCCAUCUCAGAAAUAAUUGCUAAGAGAUCUUGAAUCUUUUGAGAGCAAAACUACAGUAGGAAAUUUGAAGCUUUUUCUAAAUCUAUGCCUUUAAACAAACAAACAAACAAAAACAUGUAUUAUGUAGUUGUACAGCUGCCAUGCACCACAUUUUCUUAAUGACACUUGGAAUGCAAGAAAGGAAACUUAACAAUCCUUGCCUUGAAGAUGAAGAUUGUGGCUCAGUAGUAGAGCCUUGCCCAGCAUGCACACAGCCCUGGUUUCCAUUCCCAGUGCUUAAAGGUGGAGAGCCUCAGGAGUUCAAGGCCACCCUAGCAUACAGAGUGAGCACUUGACCAACCUUGGCCACAUCAGACCCUGUCCCAAAAACUGAUUGGCUUAUUUUAAGCCCUAUUUAAUCGUAGAUUUUAUUUAAAAAAAAAAAAAAAAAAACACCUUAAAUAUUGGAGCUAAAAACAGCAAAGCUGAGGAAGCAAAAUUUUUGUACUCAAAUUGCACAAAUCUCUUAUAGAUCCUGGUAAAGUUUCUAGUCUCUUAAGAAUCACUGUAAACGGUGGGCAGUAGUGGCACACGCCUUUAAUCCCAGCACACAGGAGACAGAGGCAGGCGGAUCUUUGAGUUUGAGGCCAGCCUGGUCUAUAGAGCAAGUGCCUGGACAGCCAGGGCUACACGGAAAAACCUUGUCUCGAAAAACAACAAACAAAAAACCACUGUAAACCAACUAGAAAGCAUCAAACUGCAAGAGACCAGUUACAUACAAAGCAAAGUGAAACACAAUGAGAUUUUCUUUCUGUAUCCAUAUAGUUCUGAUAUAAGGCAGCCACCUUUCCUGUUUUAUAGAAGAAGCAGCAGAGAUGUCAGAAGCUGCUGAUCUCAUCUCAGCCCCCUCUCUCCAGUAGCUCAGGCUUCUUUCUGUAUUGAACAAGAGGGAAAACUUUAGAGCUGUAUUUAACAUAAGAAUUAAGAUUUUAUUCUCACUGUAUCAGAUACUCAAACCAGUCAGGAUGAAGUUCAAUUAUAGAGUGCUUGCCUAGCAUUUGCGAGGCCCUAUGUUUAAUUCCCACUAAAAUGAAUAUUCAUGCCAGUGAAUCAUUCACUCCAGCAUAUUUUUAACAAUUAUAAAAUCAUAUGUUUUUUUUUUCUUUGAUUUUAGUCAGGAUAUAUUCUUUGUAUGUAAGUGUUUCCUUCCUAGGAAGUGGUGCUCUCGAAACCUUUCAAAGCACAGAAUUUAUUGUGCCCUUUAUAUUUUUAAACAAAGUUUAAAUGUCCCACAGUUUUGGAAUUGUACUUGAGGUUUUCCUGACUCGGGGUUUGGGUUUGGAGUUUGGUUUUGUUUUUCUUCUCCGUCAUGCAAUAGAAUUCUCUUAAAUGGGUAAUGGUACUGAAUUUCAUUAAUGUCAAGGGAGAAGUCCAAAUCAGACUCCUGAAUCAGUUACAGACCCUUCUCUAGCAUUCUUCUCCAAGUUCAAUCUCUGUCUGUGUCUGAGGAGUGGUUUCAACGUAGGUGAAAAAUCUCAAUUAUCCCUGGAGACUUAUAAUCACCCCAAUAACCAGAGAAUGUUCUGGAAUAGAUACAUAUUAAGAUGCCAGGAUCUGCAAACUUGGCCACUGCCAGAAUCAUCUGUCCACCUUGUGUGAGUAUAAGACAAUAUGAAUCUGAAUCUGAAUGCCUUGAGUCUCCUGGUGAUGUGGGGGUGAUUUCUGUUCUCAUGUUUACUUGGAGAAUUAAAGAGUAUUUAGGUUGAGGGUUCUUUUUAGAACUUAUUUAUUUGAAAUUCUUAUUUUUAAUGGCAUGUGUAUAUUUUUGUGAUGCUAAAUGCAAUCUCUAUAAAUUUUUUGUAUAUAUGCGUACAUAUCUGUAAAUAUCUUGGUAUGCAGUUAUACAGUGUGUGUAUAUAUUAUAUACCCAUACCCAUUGUGGGCUGAAUUUAUUUUAGUUCUGUGAGGACAUCAGAGUGGCAUUGUUCCUGCUACUAUAAUUAGGUUGUGGCUCGAUCUCAUCCACAAGCCUCAAUUUUAAGGGGCUGUGUUGGGAUAAAAUGGGCUCCUUUGGAGUUCAAAUUAUUCUCAGCUUUAAAGUCAUCUACAAACUUCAAUUUAAAUUGAUAAGUUUGCUAGAAACCUGGAAACCUAAGUUUGUGAAACUGAGACACCAGUAGGAUCUUAAUCUUUCUUAGUCCCUUAUUUUUCUUAGCACAUAUUUGAGAGCUACUACUGAGUAGAAAAUUGUUUAUAUUAGGAUUUUGGGGGGCUAUUGAAAAAAUUACUUUGCUCACAUUUGAAAAUAGGAAAUGGCUUUUAAGUAGAAGAAAUACCCAUGUUUAUCAUUUCAAUAUCUGUUAUUAAAUUUUAAUUUUGAAUUUUUUUCCAUUAAUAUGCUCAUUCUGUAUGUGUCACUGUGAGGCAGAAGAAAGGGCAUUAGCUAAAGAAAGGUCGAACCUUGGUGGGCUGGACAGAGAGGAGCUGGGUUGUUGAUGUGUGUGUCUGUAGCAGUGUCUGCUUAAGUAGACUUUUCUUAAUGGCAUUGCAUAUCAAAAAUGAGUCUUUUGAUUUGGUUUGGGAAACCAAAUCUGUGUAGCCAUGGCUGCCCUGGAACUCACUCUGUAGUUCAGCUGGCCUUGAACUCAGAAAUCUGCCUCCGCCUCUGCCUCCUGAGUGCUGGGAUUACAGGCAUUGUGCAUCACUACUCAGCUUGUUCUACAGUUUAACCAUACAUUCACCCUCGAAGUAGAUUUCUUAAUAUGAAGUGCCUGAGAGGCUAAGAAACCCUAGGCUUUCAAUUAAGCACUGUGUGUGUGUGUGUGUGUGUGUGUGUGUGUGUGUGUGUGUGUGUGUAGGUACAUCUGUAAUUCCAGUUCUUGGGAGAAGGAGGUAGGAGAAUCAAAAGUUCAAGGCUAGCUUCUGCUGCAUAGCAGUUUCAGGGACAGCGUAGGCUACAGGAAACCCUGGCUCAAAAAUCAGAUCAGAAAGGCUUGAGAUGAUAGUGUUAGGGACAUUAAAAUUAUAGAAAAUAGGUACAUUGACAGUUUGUGAAUGUUUGGAUAUUGCAGAGUAUAUCUUUAGUUUAUACAUUUAUUUGCAUAAAUGAAUAUAAAGGAUGUUUAAACACUUUUAUACAUUCACUGAAAAGAGUAAAGUUAUUUCUGCAUUGUAAAGUAUAACUGCAAGGCAACUUCCUACUCCAUUCUUCAAAAAAAAUCAAACCUCUUUUAUUAACAUUAAAUUGUUUUAAAGAGAAAAAACCAGUUCAAGUCAAUUCUGCCACUUUUAAAAUUAUUACAUUUACCUCCCCAUUGUUUCAAUUAUACUCUUAGUUAUCUUUUUUCAAAAUAUACUAAGAUGCAUUAAGGUGUUAUUUCUGAGAAAUCCUUCAAAAAAAAUAUUCACAGGCUCUAAUGUUGGUUAAGCAACCAAACCUUUUUGCAGGUUGUUUAAAAUUGAUGACACUAGGGACUGGUGAGAUGGCUCAGCAGUUAAGAGCACCUUUUUGUUUGUUUUUUUGCUUUUUUGAGACAGACCCUCUCUUUGUAGUACUGGCUGUCCUAGAGCUUACUAUAUAGACUAAGCUGGCCUUGAACUCACAGAGAUCCUCCUACCUCUGCCUCCUGAGUGCUAGGAGUAAAGUCAUGCACCACCAUGCCCAGCCAAGAGGCCUCUUACAGAGGACUUGGGUUUCAUUCCUAGUACCCACAUGGCUCCUCACAACCUUCAUUACUAGGGCGUCUAACAGCCUCUUCGGGUCUCUGUGAGCACUGCAUGCACAUGAUGCAUAGACAUAUUAUGCAGGCUAAACACUCAUACACUUAAAUAUUCAUUUUUUUUUUUUAAAGCAUAGUAGGUAAGGUUGAUGUUGUACCUGUAACUUAUGUCCCAAACAGUUACAAAGCUGGUAACUUUGCAGUUGAAUAAAACACGAAUUGCUGAGAAAACCAAGCCUUUACCCUACAUUCUCUUGAAUUCUUAUAUGCUGAUGUUGCACACAUAGUCAACUUCGAGUCUUUCCUGAAUACUGGGACCACUUAACUUAAUGAAAAUAAAAAGGUGAUUCGUCGUCCUCAGACUAGGCCUUCCAAACAUAAAUCUAUACUUAGUCCCAUUUUCCCUGAGUUCUGAGCACAAGAGUUAAUUUUCAACAUCUUUAUAUUUAAUGGAGAAUAAUUUAUGUGUGGCUAGGAUAAUCGCCUGCUUACCUGGAAGGAAUGAUAAAGAAGAACAUGUGAUUAGGUGAGCAUAAGUGUAUGAAGUAUAACUAAUUUGGUACCAUAGAAGUAUUUUCUUUGAAAUCCUGUAACUAUGUUUUCUAAAGUGAAAAUCAGUAUAGAACUCCAUUUUUACACAACACUGUUAAUUAUUCAGAACUGUAACACCAUUUCAUAAUUCUUUUUUUUACCGUUUCAUAAUUUUAAAAUAUCAUUAAUAUCUUUUUGUGGUUUUAUCUUUUUUUUUUUUUUUAACGUUAGCCGACUACUCAAAGCAGUGGUUUUGGGGGUUUUGUCUUGUUUUGUUUUACAUAUUCUGAUAGCAGAUUCGGACUUUUAAAAACAAUUUAAAGUACAUGACAUUGCAUUUUACAGACUCAGUCUGAAUUUAGUCACAGAACAGUCUACAAGUUGCAAAUAUUUUUCCUUUAAGUGGACAAUUCUAGUCUGUAUCCUAAGACAAUCAUCUUUUUAGAUGUAUUGUUUGUGGGAAUAUCACUAAUUUCAGAUUUCAGACUUUAAUUUUCUCACAGGCUGAUGAAAUGAAAAUUAAUGGGUUGUUACAUCACUCUCAAAUUAAAGGAAUUAUGGCAAGUUGUUACAGGUCUGCAGUGCAAGGUAUUUAAAUUUUUUUAUUUGUGUAUUAUCACUAUUUUGUCUUUUUUUUCCCCUUUUAAAACUGUCAUGAAUGUCCAAUCGUCCCUGGUUCAAAAGUGAGAUUUAUAAACAUUACAGUUUGAACCAUGAAUUUUCUUAAAAAUGAAGCAAGCAAAAAUAGCCAUUAUAGCUGGGCAGUGGUAGUACACGCCUUUAAUCCCAAUAUUCAGGAGGCAGAGGCAGGUGGAUCUCUCUGAGUUCCAGGACAACCAGGGCAACACAGAGAAACCCUGUCUUGAAACCUUCCCCCCACCAAAAAAAAAUAAUAACCAUUAUAAAAUUUCAAAUGAUGUUACCCCUUUCCUCAGUAAACAUUUCCAAACCACAGAGACAUGCCACUGUAUGUUUCAAAAUUUAACUCCCAUCCUCUUCUGCACUCCUAAGUUAAAAGGAUACAGUUAUGUAUUUUAAAAACUUCAGGGGGAAAACAUUAAAGUGUCAUAGGAUAAUAAGUUUUGUUACUAGUUCCUGAAAAAUGGGUUUUUUAAAUAAUUCUUUAUUAUAUCAUCAUUAAAUUACAUUGUGUGGUUCAGUAAAGUAAUUCAGAACUUGAUUUUUGUGGCUUUUUGUUCACCACAUAGACCAUGAUCACUAGUUUUCCAGACUUUUUUUUUUUUUUAAUUUUAAUAAGCCUUGCUCUUCAGCUGGAGUCCUGUAUGUUAUGGGAUUCUUAAAAUUGAUGCAGAAAGGUCUUACAUAUUAAGGAAUGCAGGUAAGUGUCCUAAUAUAUUCUUAGUAGAGACUACAAGGGAAGGAACUUCCCCAGAUAAGUUACCCUGGUUUUCUAGCACCAAUAUAAGUAGUGGUUGCAUUUGUCACUGAAUCACAUGAAGUAGUUAGAAAUUACUUAUUUUACUUUGCUGUAAAGAUUUGUAUAAUUUCACAGAAUUUUGUUAUUUUCUGAGCAGUUUGCAUUUUAAGACUGUCAGUUAGCUUUGUUCAAAGUAUCACUAAAUGUUAAUUUAAUCAAGUAAGAAGUUUUUUUAAAAUUGUUUGAUCUUCUUUACCCUAAAAAUAAUGGUGAAUCCAUUGUCUACAUUGUUAGUCAGAAAUGCACUUGUUGAAAUCAUAGCAGAAACUAUACUUGACUUUCUAGUAAUAUGAAACACUUUAUUAAAAAAUUAUGCUUGUCUGUAACUGAAAUGUUAUAGAGCUGUAACACUGUAGGGAUUAUAGAGUAUAUUUAUUAGCUCUCAAGAGAUUGAAGCACAACAAUUUUCUUGUAACAGUCCUUAUCCAAGUGCUCUCUGUCAUGCAAGUAACAAAGCUAACCAGUUGUUUAUGUAGUUGAUCACAGAUCACUAUUAUCCUUGAGACAGUCUUCAUUUGUAUUAAAAUUUGGGUAUUGUGAGUUAAUAUUUUAGAAUAAACCUGUCAUGUCAGUCAGCUAGCUCUGUAAACUGUUUGGAUUCACAAAGUUUAUGUGUUAAUGAUAAAUUUUGAAGAGACUAUUACUGUAAUGACUUAAGGGGAAAAUUAUAUUGUCAGUAUCAUUUGACUUGAACAUUUGUGUUGUAAAAGUCUUGUCUGUUGGUGUUUCUACAUUGCUUAAACCACACAUUCUCUUAAAGGAGUUUUGUUUUGUUCCUUUCCAGCAGUCAUUUUCUGCUUUUGUCUGUUAAAUUAACAUUUUAUAAACCUUAGAUAUUGACAAGUUCUUGAACAUUUUCUUGAGUUGAUCACUUGACUCGUGAUUUGUCAUAAAGGAUGCAAGCCUUUCACUUCUUCACUACAUAAAUUUCAAACACUGUGAUUCUGCAGAGCAGAUUCUGUAGGCAUUGCAAUGUACUUUCCUGUUACACAGUCCCUAUCACUGAGGGCACUUAAAUAGUAGAGGUUGGAAAAUAAAAUGUUGUUUUGAUGUUUGUUAAAUAACAAGAUUACAGAAUAUUUGUUUUUUGUGGUCAGUGAUUUUGCAUUGAUAAUAUCUCUAGAAUGUGUAUACAUUCAUCAAGUGUGAACUCUUGUAAAUGAAUUUUGUAUCUUGAAUCACGUAUAUAUUAAGUGUUAUCAUCAAUAUAAAAAAUAAACAUUAUUUGCUUAAA